CAACAUAUAAAUCCCCAAAGCAGGUGUUUGAGGGAGUAGUGCAACCGCUGUACACAACCGAGGACCUCCAACCAGCUGGACCCGUCGGAGGUCGGACUCAAGUCGACACCGAUGGAGGGCGACGACCGGAGGGCCCCUCUGCUGGGCACCGGGGCCGGCGGACGCUCCCCGUCUCUGCGGCGCCGUGACUCGGCGCGGUCGCUGCGCAGCAGCUUCCUGUCGCGGCUGCCUGACAAGGUGCGCGCGGGGCUUGACCCCGAGCGCCCCGCCGGCGUCGACCUCGCCCGCGCCAGAGGUCUCACCCAAGGCGAGAGAGAGUACUACGAUAAGCAGUUCGCGACCCUGAGAACCUUCGAGGAGGUGGAGGCGCUCUGCAUGCCCGACGAAUUCGAAUCGGAUCUUGAGGCCUUCGAGGACAAGGAGCAGAAGCAGAGCGAGUUCGCCAUGAAGAUAUCAAACUAUGCCAAUAUCGUUCUACUCGUUUUCAAGGUGUAUGCUACGGUCAGGACGGGGUCCAUGGCGAUUGCAGCGUCAACGCUUGACUCGUUGCUGGAUUUCAUGGCCGGCGGCAUCCUUUGGUUCACCCAUCUUUCGAUGAAGAGCGUGAACAUUUACAUGUACCCAAUUGGGAAGUUGCGUGUUCAGCCGGUUGGGAUCAUCAUCUUCGCCGCUAUCAUGGCAACUCUAGGUUUUCAGGUCUUGGUCCAAGCUGUUGAGCAACUGGUGGGGAAUAAACCUGGCGAGAAGAUGACAAUGGAGCAGCUGAUUUGGUUAUACUCCAUCAUGCUUUCAGCAACUGCUGUGAAACUUGCUCUCUGGCUGUACUGCAGGAGUUCAGGAAAUAGCAUUGUCCGGGCUUUUGCAAAGGACCACUAUUUUGAUGUGGUAACCAAUAUUGUCGGUCUGGUGGCUGCUGUUCUUGGGGACAAAUUCUUAUGGUGGAUUGACCCCGCAGGGGCUGUACUGCUUGCGGUAUAUACCAUUGUGAAUUGGUCCAAAACUGUGUUAGAAAAUGCAGCUACCCUUGUGGGCCAAUGUGCCCCUCCAGAGAUGCUGCAAAUGCUGACGUACCUCGCCAUGAAGCACGACGCACGAGUGAAGCGGGUUGACACUGUUAGAGCUUACAGCUUUGGGGCUCUCUACUUUGUCGAGGUUGACAUCGAACUCUCAGAGGACAUGUGGUUAAGAGAGGCGCACACCAUCGGUGAAUCGCUGCAGGAGAAGAUUGAGAAGCUGCCAGAAGUCGAGCGGGCGUUUGUUCAUGUGGAUUUUGAGAGCACUCAUAAGCCGGAGCACAAAGUCAGGAGCAGGCUGCCGACAACUGAUCCUUGAUAGUUGAUAGAUUUUGCGUACUCAUGUAGUGUUAUGGACUUAUGGUACGAAGUUAAUAAAAGCACAGUGCUUUUUUGUGGGAAAUUUCAAUAUUUGAUAUCUCAUCCACGUGCCUUCCUAGAUUUGACAUCCUGACUCACAUGUCAAUGAGUGUCAAACUAAGAGGCGCAAAUUAUGAAAUCUCUCUUUUUAUUA